GGCGCGCGGGGCGGCGGAGAUCCACGAACAGCGGGUCCCCGAGUCCAGGGCUCCCGCCGCCACCUCUGCGCCGUGCUGCGGGGCCGGGCAUGGGCGCGGGCGCCGGCGGUCGCACCAUGAGCGCCGUGGGCAGCCCGGUCCGCGCCUACGACUUCCUGCUCAAGUUCCUGCUGGUGGGCGACAGCGACGUGGGCAAGGGCGAGAUCCUGGCGAGCCUGCAGGACGGCGCGGCCGAGUCUCCGUACGGCCACCCGGCGGGCGUGGACUACAAGACCACCACCAUCCUGCUGGACGGGCGACGGGUGAAGCUGCAGCUCUGGGAGGCAUCCGGCCAGGGGAGGCUCUGUACCAUAUUCCGUUCCUACUCACGGGGCGCACAGGGUGUGGUCCUGGUCUACGACAUCGCAAACCGCUGGUCCUUCGAUGGCAUCGACCGGUGGCUUAAAGAGAUCGACGAGCACGCCCCUGGGGUUCCCAAAAUCCUGGUGGGAAACCGCCUGCACCUUGCCUUCAAGCGGCAGGUCCCCACGGAGCAGGCCCAGGCCUACGCGGAGCGGCUCGGCGUCACCUUCUUCGAGGUCAGCCCUCUGUGCAAUUUCAACAUCACUGAGUCCUUCAUGGAGCUGGCCAGGACCGUGCUGCUGCGGCACGGCAUGGAUGGGCUCUGGAGGCCGAGCAAGGUGCUGAGCUUGCAAGACCUGUGCUGCCGAGCCGUGGUGUCCUGCACACCCGUGCACCUGGUAGACAAGCUUCCGCUCCCAGUGGCCCUGAGCAGCCACCUCAAGUCCUUCUCCGUGGCCGAUGGUCUCAACGCCAGGAUGAUGCACGGCCGCUCCUUCUCCCUGGCUGCUAGCUCCACCCACAAGAGGAGCAGCGUCCGCAGAGGGAAGGGCGGCCGCCCGCCCCCCAGCCCGCCCCGGCGUGGUGCCAGAAGCAGCUGCAAGGUCUCCUAGGGCAGGUGGCUCCCUCACUGGACCCUCGGAGAGAGGGGCUCGCGCGCAGGCCGUUCCAGGCCGAGAAACCCCGCCGCCCUCGCACGGUGCGGUGAAGACACUUCACGCUCGACUUUGGUGUCUCUGCGUGGACGAGCCUGACGCUGUCAUCCAACGUGUGCUUAUGCCGUCACGGGUGGACUCUGCUCCCCUCGUGAUCACAUGAAGUUUUGAAUGUCACUUAUACUGUGAGUGCAGUGCAACUUUUUCCUUAAAAUAACUGCUUUUAUGAGAACUGUGAUAUGCGCAUGGUGAGUAUAAAUUCCGGGGACUCUGAGAAGCAACGGCACACGAAUCAGGGUCGUCGACAUCACCUUUUAGUGAACCUCCUUUUCAUGUCAAAUCACCGAUUUGUGAGAUGCUGCAGACGCGGUCCAGACGCACUGCGGAGUGUCCAGCUUGUGUUCGCAGUGGAUUUGAUAAAGUUUUUGCUAUGUUAUUUACUACGUUUUGAGAUUAAUAAGUGGUUUAUAUGCA